AGGAUGGUAACCACAAGUGGAAAUCCAAAGCUGGGAACUGAUCCUGAAGGCAAUGCAAUGCCAUUCAACCAUUCAAAAAGGAGAAAAGGCAAGAAGAAAGAGACUAUUCAGCCAUUCUCUAAUUGCCAUGUGGAGUGCAUUGUGACUGAGAUUAAACACUAUAAAUGGCAGCUAGUGGUGUGGAACAAAAAGUCAGUGAUGGCAACUGUGACAGCUUCAAACUUCCUACCAAGAAGCUCAAAUGGUAACUGUGGAGCAACUUGUAGGAUAGAGAAGAAGGCGACAUUGACAAAACUCAGGCCGAAGAUUCAGAUCUUAGCUCAUAAUGGGUUAAGGGCUUUGAACAGUGUAGAUGAGCUGCAUCAGAGGACCACAAUAAAAGUCACAAGGAAAGGUAGCAGGAAAGGGUUCAAGAAUGAGAAUCCCAGGCCGUGGGGAGGCAUUAUUUGUGGAUGUGGUAUGAGCUUGAUAUUUGUUGGAACAGAGGUAGGUCCAUGGAGCAAAACUGGUGGACUUGGCGAUGUUCUUGGAGGUCUGCCCCCAGCAAUGUCAGCCAAUGGACACCGUGUUAUGACUGUUUCUCCACGUUUCGACCAGUACAAAGAUGCAUGGGAUACAGGUGUCACAGUUCAGCUAAAUGUAGGGGAUAGAUUUGAAAAGGUUCGCUUCUUCCACUGCUACAAGAGAGGAGUUGAUCGUGUAUUUGUGGAUCACCCCUGGUUUCUUGAGAAGGUAUGGGGGAAAACUGGAUCAAAACUCUAUGGCCCUUUAGCUGGAGAGGAUUUCCAGGAUAACCAACUUCGAUUUAGCUUAUUAUGCCAGGCAGCUCUGGAAGCACCUAGGAUUUUGAAUCUUAAAAGCAGUAAAUAUUUCUCUGGACCAUAUGGUGAAGAUGUUGUUUUCAUUGCUAAUGAUUGGCACACUGCCCCCCUAGCCUGCUACUUGAAGACCAUGUACAGACUCAAAGGGAGAUAUGGAAAUGCCAAGGUUGUUUUCUGCAUUCACAACAUAGCCUACCAAGGCAGAUUUGCCUUUGCAGACUUCUCGCUUCUCAAUCUCCCAGAUGAAUUCAAAAGCUCUUUCGACUUCACAGAUGGGUAUGAAAAACCUGUGAAGGGAAGGAAAAUCAACUGGAUGAAAGCAGGAAUACUAGAAGCAGAUAAGGUCUUAACUGUUAGCCCAUACUAUGCCAAGGAGCUAGUUUCUGGUGUAGAAAAAGGAGUGGAAUUGGAUAACAUCCUUCGCAGAACGGGCAUCACAGGAAUCAUUAAUGGCAUGGACGUCCAGGAGUGGAACCCGUUAACUGACAAAUAUAUAUCUAUCAAAUAUGAUGCUUCAACAGUGAAGGAGGCAAAGCUUCUUCUGAAGGAAGCCCUACAAGCAGAAGCUGGGUUGCCAGUGGAUAGAAAUAUCCCUGUCAUAGGCUUCAUUGGUAGACUAGAAGAGCAAAAAGGCUCAGAUAUUCUAGUAGCUGCUAUUCCACAAUUCGUCACAGCGAAUGUUCAGAUAAUAGUCCUUGGGACUGGCAAAAAACCAAUGGAGAAGCAGCUUGAACAGUUGGAGAAGAAGUACCCUGACAAUGCCCGAGGAGUGGCGAAAUUCAAUGUUCCCCUUGCCCACAUGAUAAUAGCCGGUGCUGAUUUCUUACUGGUUCCAAGUAGAUUCGAGCCGUGUGGUCUCAUUCAAUUACAUGCCAUGAGAUAUGGAACUGUGCCCAUUGUUGCCUCGACAGGUGGGCUGGUUGAUACUGUCAAAGAAGGCUUUACGGGAUUCCAGAUGGGAAGUUUCAGUGUGGAAUGUGACGCUGUGGAUCCUGCAGAUGCGACUGCAGUAGCAACCUCUGUCAAGAGGGCCCUUGCAACCUAUGGCACCCCAGCUUUAACCGAAAUGGUACAAAAUUGCAUGGCUCAAGAUCUUUCCUGGAAGGGACCUGCCAAGAAGUGGGAAGAGGUGCUGCUGAGCCUGGGGGUUCCUGGCAGCGAACCUGGAAUUGAUGGUGAAGAGAUUGCUCCUCUUUCAAAGGAAAAUGUUGCCACUCCCUGAGGGUCAAUAUAAUUUGCAUCAUCAACCUCAAUUCAUUCAUUUGUCGUCCAUCAUCAGCAUUCUUAGGAGGCUAUUCAGGGUGGCUUUUACCAAGAUCCUAUAGAACCAAUAAGCACUCUCCCCCACCCACCCACUCAACCCCGGUUUGGCCGGGCCUUGUAGCUUGAGGAGCAUUAUACACAAGAAAAUUAUAUAUUUUGGAAGUGUAUAAAAGUUUAUCCUAUGGGACUACAAGUC